AUGGGCCAAUUAUAAUCUGCAAUAUAUAAAAAUCUAAACUGGGCAUUUGUACCAAAUCCAACCGAUUAAAAGCAUAACAGCUAUACACAUCCAAUAUUUUCAUGUAUACUCUCAAUAGUAUCCACAUUAUACUUAAAUGUAAAACUAUCAAAUUACUUAGAAGAUAAAUAUCCUGAAAUAAAGUAAAAAUUGCCUAAAUGGUCCAAAAAAAAAGCCCUUCCAUUAUUAGUAAUGUAUUUAAUACUAAUUUUAUCAGUUCGUUUGAAAUAAAACGGUCCUCAUGUAUUUUACGAAAUGGCCUGGGCAUGUAAUCUUGCCUUAAUAACAGUAAUAAGUGCUUUAUUAAGAAACAGUUCAUUAACAGUAGGUUCUUGUCUAGUAAUAAUAUCUAUUGAUUAAUGUUUAUGGUAUGUGGAUUUAUUAGGCUAUUUUUUAACCGGAAAAUUUCCUAUUGGAGUUUCUUAAUAUAUUACAUGGCCUACUACUACUAAAUUAAGAAUCAUUACAAGUACUCAUCAUAUUUGGUUUAUUCCAUUAUUAAUUUGUAUGCUCAAAAAAAUUCAAUAACGCACCGGGUUAUAUUGGGGUUCCGGUUAGUAAUUUGGUCUGGAAUUCAGCAAAUUUUGUAAUCGAUUAUUGUAAUAUAUAUAUAUAAGUCCUAUAUUUUAAUUAAAAUAAAAGCUAAAAAUGCAAGCAAAAGUCAAAGACAAAAAAAAAAGAAAGAAGCUGUUGACCCAAACAAACCUAAGAAAAACUUAUCAUCAUAUUUUAUUUUUCAAAGUAAAAGAUAAGUCGAAUUAAAAUAGUAAAAUCCUAAAAUGUCAAUUAUAGAAAUUGCAAAAUUAAUCAGUUAAGAAUGGAAAUAACUUCCUGAUAAAAAGAAAAAAAAAUACUUAAAAAAAGCAGAAGAAGCAAAAGAACUAUAUAAAAUAAACAUGAAAAAUUAUGAGGAAAAAUAAAAAAAUUAAUAAUUUGAAAACGAAAAAGAAAAGCUAAAAAUAGAAGAUUAAAAAAACACAAAAAAGGAGUAUAAAUAAGAUUCUAAAUAAUAAGAAAAAAAUGAAAAAGCUUAAUAGGUUAUUGAAGAAUCUAAACAUAAAAAAAAUUCCUCGGAUCUAAAAGAAGAUGAUAAAAAAUAAUAAAAGCCUUAAAAUAAUAAUAAAGAAAGCAAAAACUAAGUUAAAAUUUUCGAUAAUUCAUCUAAAUCUGGAAACUCUUCAGAUGAUUCGGAUUCAGACUCUUCUGAUUCAGAAGCUGAAUAAAAAAAAAAAUAACAAUAGUCAUAAUAAUUAGGAAAGAAAAAGAUUAAAAAAUGA